GCCUGUCUGUUAACCAUGAACUCUUCCUGCUGCCUGUUCUCUGCUUAUCCGACCCUCCCUAACCUCUCAGAGCACCCUGCAGUCCCUUCUGGCAACAACCUGAGCAGCAGCAGCAGCAGCAGCAGCAGCAGUGGGUUCUGUGAGCAGGUCUUCAUCAAGCCAGAGGUCUUCCUGGCUCUGGGCAUCGUCAGCCUGAUGGAAAACAUCCUGGUGAUCCUGGCUGUGGUCAGGAACGGCAACCUGCACUCUCCCAUGUACUUCUUCCUGUGCAGCCUGGCUGCAGCCGACAUGCUGGUGAGCGUGUCCAACUCCCUGGAGACCAUCAUGAUUGCCAUUAUCAACAGCGACUCCCUGACCUUGGAGGACCAAUUCAUCCAGCACAUGGACAACAUCUUCGACUCCAUGAUCUGCAUCUCUCUGGUGGCCUCCAUCUGCAACCUCCUGGCCAUCGCCGUGGACAGGUAUGUCACCAUCUUCUAUGCCCUUCGUUACCACAGCAUCAUGACAGUGAGGAAGGCCCUCACCUUGAUUGUGGCCAUCUGGGUCUGCUGCGGCAUCUGCGGCGUGAUGUUCAUCAUCUACUCCGAGAGCAAGAUGGUCAUCGUGUGUCUCAUCACUAUGUUCUUCGCCAUGGUGCUCCUCAUGGGCACCCUGUACAUCCACAUGUUCCUCUUUGCCAGGCUACAUGUCCAGCGCAUCGCAGCAUUGCCACCCGCUGACGGGGUGGCCCCACAGCAGCACUCAUGCAUGAAAGGGGCUGUCACCAUCACCAUCCUCCUCGGGGUUUUCAUCUUCUGCUGGGCCCCUUUCUUCCUCCACCUGGUUCUCAUCAUCACCUGCCCCACCAACCCUUACUGCAUCUGCUACACGGCACAUUUCAACACCUACCUGGUCCUCAUCAUGUGCAACUCGGUCAUCGACCCCCUCAUCUAUGCUUUCCGAAGCCUGGAGCUGCGAAACACAUUCAAGGAGAUUCUCUGUGGCUGCAAUGGCAUGAACUUGGGCUAGGGUACCUCCGGAGGUGCUCCAGAGCUAGCCAAGAGGGGCUUGGAGACAAAAACAACACUCAUAACGUUA